AUGGAAACCUCUCGGGAGUCUACAAUAAAGAAAGUGGACAUAGCAUCACCCGCACAAGCUAAAGUCGAGAUACCUAAACGAAAUGACCUGGCCAAAAAGCCAGAGCAAAUCAAGUCAGAAGCCAAAGAACCCCUCGCCCCUCCGCGACCAGGCCAGCCACCUAAUCAGUCGAGUGAUUACUUUUCAGGAACUCAUGGCCAUCUGGCUUCAGAAGCUAACCCAUUCGACUUUUCAUUUGCUGGCGGAAGUAGUAACAACUCGAAUUGCGGAGCUAUACAGACCCCGGGUGGAACCCGACUUCCACCCGUCUCCAAUUUGACCUCACCCGCUGGAAUGCUGGGUCCAGGAAUUACGGGAGCAUACUGGGGUCCGAAUUCGUUACGGUCCGGGCCCGUGAGCCCUGCUAUGAUUGGUGGACCUCAAAAGUCAAAUGAGGACUACUUUGCGGACGGACACCAUAUCCGAGAUUUGCGCGGUGGGUUCAUCACAGCAAACGAAUCGGCUUUAAGGUCAGGCUUUACUCCCGGAGCUGACUCGCAUGUCCGCGCGGGUCUCACGCCGGGUGGCAGUGGAUCUAUGUUUCCCGAACCAAUCCCGAAUUCAUCAUCGAUAUUUAAUCCGAUAACUAGUGGGACUGCUACGCCCUCAACUCUUGAGUUUCAUCGGGUUGCGAUGAAUGCCCAAAAGAGGAGUCAGAUACAGCAGCAAAAUGAUAUAACACCACAGUCUUCAGAGCACUUGAGCUCUAUGGAAGUGAAAUCUGUUGCCCCUGGGCAGUUUGAUGACGCAAACGCGGCUGCCAGUGGCCUUUUUUUGUUAGCACAAUCGCGAGAUGGGCAACAGCUUCCAGGACAAUACCAAAUGGCUACUUCCCAGAUACCGAUCCACGUACAGGUACCUCCUGUAAACAAGGAGAGGGCUGACUGUAGCAAGCCUUUGGACAAUACAUCCAAUUCUCAACACCAAAAACGGGCCUCUAUUAGUACUGCUUCUAGGGGUGACGAUAGUGCAUCAGAAAAUGAGAGCAAUAAAAUGAAAGCGCGGGACAAAAAUAAAAGAAACCCACUUACAACCAAUGGUCGACGAAAGGCUUCUGAGUCAUCUACCAAGAGCCAUCCUAUCAAGAAAUCGAAAGGCAAUAAUGGAAAUUCACACAGCGUGGAAGAACCUAUGUCUGAAGAUGAAACCGGGAACCACAGCGAACUGGGCGCUGACGGUAAAAAAAUGACCGACGAGGAAAAGAGAAAAAAUUUCCUUGAACGAAAUCGGAUUGCAGCCUUAAAAUGUAGACAGCGCAAAAAACAGUGGUUGAAUAGCCUCCAAGCUAAGGUUGAGGUCUAUGCAUCUGAAAAUGAGGGUCUAAACGCACAAAUUCAAGCUCUGCGAGAUGAGAUUGUACAUAUCAAAACGCUUUUACUAGCCCAUAAAGAGUGUCCCGUCUCAGUGGCCCAAGGGAUUAGUGGCAUGAAUAUGCACCAGCUCAUAAAUGAAGGAGGUUUCACAGCGCCAAUGAACCCAUAUAGUAUUGGCGCUCCAUUGAGUCAUCAACAACAACAGCCGUCAGUCAUUAACGGACAAUCAAUGCCACAACGGCGUUUUUCAUAA